UGAAAGCCUUACGACUAAAGAUUGUAGUUCGAUCCUUCUCUGCAAGAAGAAAAACGGUCAUCCGGAAAUUGAAGUCUCCAAAAUGAAGUGUGCAGAACAUGCCGAGUGCGUCGUAGUCGACGGACAGCCUUUGUGCCAAUGUUUGAAGAACUACAAAGGCAACGGAUCUGAAAAAUGUAUGCUCGAACAGAGAGUCACUAAAUUCACCAAGUCCAAUCCCAGAGCUUCUAAAUCUUUUGUGAAAUCAAUUUGUCCCCGUUGUCACUUUCACGCAAUCUGUGUCCAAGGCAAAUGCAAGUGUACAGUGGGAUACGUUGGAGAUGGCGUCCACACUUGUGUAAAAGAGAAAUGUGGAGAAACUGAAUGUCACAAUAAUGCACACUGCCAAAUAAUAAAAGGGGUACAUAUGUGUACCUGUAACGAAGGUUAUACUGGUGAUGGAAUAGAACUAUGUGACGAAGGCCGCUGCACCUGCUUCGCAUCAGGAGAUCCUCACUAUCGAACUUAUGACUCCAACAGUUUGUAUUUGUUCGGGGAUUGCAAAUAUGUCAUGUCGAAAACUAUCCACAAUGUGAAAUUCCCAUUUGGUGUAGAGGUGAAGAAUGAACACCGCGGCACAUUCAAGCAUCGGGACCGAGCUUUUACCAGGUCGGUCGAUGUAAAGAUUGGUGGCCACGUUUACCGCUUGCAUCUCACCAAAUAUCUAUCUGUUGACGGCAAGAAGAUGGCAAUUCCUUACAAAACUAGUGACGGCAUGUUAAAUAUAACGAUAGAAGGACAGUACAUGAAACUGGAGUUUGGCGGUGGCCUGAUUGUAAGGUUUGACGGUGUCCAUAAAGUGGUGAUAAGUUUGGCUCAACAAUACGCUAAUAAAGUGGAGGGAAUCUGUGGAGAUUGUGAUUCAAACCCAGCCAAUGAUAUUUUGUUUCAUGGGAAGGACAUCAACGGGAUGACAAAUAAUAAUGAAAGAUAUGAAAAGUUUGCCAGCCAAUUUCUCAUAACAGAUGAUUCAGACAAACCAGCGAAAGAUAAAAUAUGCUAUAUGAAAUCCUGAAACCUGUGGUGGACAUUAAUAGCAACAACACUAGAAGCAGCAGUAAUAACAACAACAUACCACAUUAUCUAUAACAACAAUGACAACAACAAAAACAACAACUAACAAAAAAAGCAAAAGUUAGCAAUAGAGAUGCUGUCGUUUCACAUUAUAAAAAGAAGAGAAAACACAACAGCAUUAACUAUAGCAAUAGCAAUAAUCACAAUAACAGUAAUAACAACAACCCUAGAUUUUGUAGGGGUUGUUUGCUUCUUGGGUUUUUUUAUUUUUUAUAUUUUUGAUUUUUUAGCUCGAGGUCAGCCCUGAUCGAGCAAAUUGGUUGUGAAAGUCAUUCGAGUAGUGACUAUCCCGUCUUUUUUUUUUUUUUUGCAUAUCUAGGAUUAACAUUUUAUAAUACGUCCUAUAUUUUUUUAAAGCGGUAAGGUAUGAUAUGAGGGAUUAUAGUUACUAUUUCUAGCACGUCAAGCGUCCACAUAAAGACGUCAUCGUUGGUUUACUGUCCUUACUACUACUGUUAAACAAAAACACAGUAAUACUAACAGUUAAAACCAGAAGAUGGUUCCAGGAACUGUUUAAUUACAUUUAUAUCACACAAUCACUUAAAAU